UUGGAGUGCGUUUGGCGCAAAAACGGGAUUCAUAUCUUGGUUCCAGAUACACACAAAUAUCCUGCUUUCUCUCUCUAGAUUUCUCUCUCAUCAAAAGCAGUUUCUUUCUUCGAAGAAAGGAAAAGAAUUAGAUGCCAUUGAUCCGUUUUAGGUUUUCCGAUGAUGAAUUUAAACAAAUCUGAAAUCUCAAACUAUUUUUAAGUUCAUCUGUUGUUUGCUUGUUUUUCAAAGAAUCAACAGAGAAAGUUCGUUUCGUAAUCAUCAAAAUGGGGUCAUCAUCAGGUCAGUACGAUCUCUCAUUUAAGAUCUUAUUGAUCGGAGAUUCCGGUGUCGGCAAAAGUAGUCUUCUCGUCAGUUUCAUCUCCGACUCCGUCGAGGAUAUCGCCCCUACCAUUGGCGUUGACUUCAAAAUCAAGCAGCUUACAGUUGGCGGAAAAAGAUUAAAACUUACAAUUUGGGACACUGCUGGACAAGAGAGAUUCAGAACAUUGACAAGUUCUUACUACAGGGGUGCCCAAGGGAUUAUUCUUGUGUAUGAUGUUACAAGAAGAGAAACCUUCACAAACCUGUCAGAAGUAUGGGCUAAAGAGGUUGAUCUUUACUCCACUAAUCAGGACUGCGUUAAGAUGCUUGUCGGAAAUAAAGUUGACAAAGACACUGAAAGAUUUGUAAGCAGAGAAGAAGGCACUGGUCUUGCGAAAGAGCUCGGAUGUUUAUUUCUUGAAUGUAGUGCCAGAACUCGGGAAAACGUACAUCAAUGUUUCGAAGAGCUUGCAUUAAAGAUAAUGGAGGUUCCGAGUCUUCUGGAAGAAGGGUCUACGGUGAUGAAGAGAAAUAUAUUGAAGCAAAAACCAGAGAACCAGGCUGUAGCCGCCGAUGGCUGUUGCUCAUAGAAGAUGCUCGGCUGCUCGCGGCUAGUAAGCUUCGUCUUGACACCCCCAACUAGAUCACUGAUUUCUUUCCACUGUGUAUCUUUAUGUCAAUCCUCAUGCAUGCUAGUUUGGAAGAGGAAAAUAAAAGAAAAAAGAUUUAUUGUGAGCUUUGUAUAUAAUUUGGAAGGAAUUUAACUCUAAAUUGUUUGCUGGAAGUAAUGAGAAGUGGUUUUAAUUAGGUUGUC